GCACGCCUGCUUGGCCGACGCGCCCGGGGGCGUCCACGAAGUGGCGCAGCGGUGCAGCCGGGCCGUCGUCUUCUUCAAGAUCCCGCAUGGGUACGGUCGGGGCAGCAGUGACCCCGACGGGCCCGAGGACGGCACGGCGUGCGCCGAGUACAGUCUGUCUGCUCCCACACCAGAGGCAGCCGCUGUGGCGCAGCUCAGGCUGAGGGAGCUUCUCGGCGCUGGUCCGGCGCUGCGUAAGACAGAGUCAACGGGUGCGCCCAGGGCGGCCGUUGCAUGGGUGGAGGGCGGCUCGCCUCUGCAGCCUGUCGCCGGUCGCGUCCUCGAACUGAUGGACCUCGUGGACCGCGGCGACCGCGACAUGGUUGAGUGCUUGGGGCGCAUGGUGAAAAAGAUGAAGCCUCGGCUCGCGGGCGCGAACAAAGCGAGGAGGCGUUGCCACAUGGACGAGCAGCAGGUGGAAAGAGCGCUGAGGCAGUUGCGCUUGGAUCGGCCCUCUGCCCCGAACGCGCUUCUGCGGGAUGUCUUGCCUGUGAUCUCCCAGGCGAGGCUCUUGGAGCAGCCGCGCCCGCCCUUGCGCUCCUUCGCCGAGGCGCUGCUGGAUGCGGAGAGCGAGCGGGCGAAGUACAACCUUCGUCCUGGCUUUGGCAACCCCGGGCAGUCUCUGCAGUCUGCGGUUCCUUUGUUGCUCGAGGAGCUUAGCUACGAGGCAGGUGCGACGCUCCGCAGCGGGAAGGCGCAGUGCCCGCGCACGGCGUACCUGUCCGCGCCUCCGAAAGGCCGACGCGCCCGGUCUGGGAAAGGCAAAGGAAAAGGUCGCCAGAAGGCAAGGAAGCCGAACGCGCCGCAGGUCACCAAGCUGGCGAUGAUGAAGGACCGCUUCGAGCUCCAAUGCGACUUGCCCAGGAGCAACGGCAAGCUCAGCGCGAUCUGUAUUGCGCGCUACGACGCCGUCGAACAGUGGUUCAGCGGCGGAUGGCGGCACGGCGCGAAGACACCUUACGCGCUCGGCGUCCUGCGAUUGGUGGCUUCCGCGUCGCCAGAUGGGCGGCAGGUCUCUGUCGCGCCCCCGGUGGCCGCCUUGCCCGAGCAGUGCGACGGGCAUUCCGUGCCGUUGCCGCCCGUGAAGGCGCUGCGCAUCAUCACCGCGUUGCUGGGGGACAUGCACGAGGCGCACCUGAUCCACGAGACCUUCCAGCAGGUCCUGCGCGGUACUCCCUCCGUGCUUCCUGCGACGCUUUGCUCGGCCACGCGGGCGCUAGCGUCUCCGGAGGUCGACUGCGCCGACGUGCUGAUGCGCCUCAUCCUGGGGCUCGACGUGACUCGCGGCGCCGCUGCGGCGUUCGGCGGGGCGAGCCAGCGCGGCGCCGAAGCGGCGCGCAGCGCGUCAGACUUGGCGGUGGAGAUGGCCGUGGGUGCUCCUCGUUCCGAGACGCGGCGUGGAUUGCUGGGCCGAGUGGAGGCGGCCUUCGGCUGCCCCCUUACUUCCAUGCAGAGAGACGUCGUGCUCGACUGGAGACGGUGUCUGAUGCUGGCGCCGGCGGUGCCCAGGGCAGGCAAGACGAUGUUGAUGGAGGUGUUCAUCAUGAUGGGCGUCUUCCACAACGAGGCCUUCAAAGCUCUGGCGAUGGAGCCCACGAAGGAGAUGUGCGCGGCGGCUGUCGUGCGGCUCGACCGCGCCCUUUGCAAGAUCGGCGUCCACCAGGGCGUCGCACGCGUCGGCUACGACGAGGACAGCACGUCGGACUUCCUCGAGCAAUUCUUGGAGCGCCAGUUGCACGAGCAGCGCGAGCAAUCCCGAAACGUCCUGGCGGCGGUGGAUCGCUGCAUCGAGCUCGCCAUGGCUAUGCGCGGGACGCGCAAAGAGGGAGCUGCCCGGAAGCUGCCAUGCGCCUUGCUGGCGCGGCGCCACGCUUUUAUUGACCAGCACCACUACAGUGAUCUGGGGCAGCGGCGGGCUACGAUCCUGUCCCGGCUCCGGGCGCUCGUGCUCGCGCCCGCCAAGCUGCUCGAGCUGCGCACUAGCAAGAACGAGUUGUCUACUCUGCUGGGUGAUCGCGGCGUGGUCUGGGGACUGUUCGCAGACGAUAUGCAGCGCUACUCGUGGAAGCUGGCGGCGGCCAUGGCGACCGGGUGCUCGUUGGCAGUCCUGACGGGCGACGUGCAGCAGGGGCGAGAUCCCGGCGGGCCUCGCCCUUCCAGGGCGUCCGCCGCCAACCGCGCCGAAGCGGGCAAGGCGGUCGGGGAACGCGUCGACGCGGACGAGCUCCACGGCGCGUGGUCCACCGCUGCCAACUGGAUACCACUCGGCAGGAGUGCUCAGACGUGCAAGCGGAGCCAGUCUUUCCGUUUCCGACCGACGGGCGUGGCGAUGCUGCAGUUCCCUGGGCGACACGACGACGUGGUGUCCGUGUUCGGUGAGGAGCGCGGAGGCCCGGAGGAUUGCCUCGUCCUCCUCACACCGGUGGAGCGCCUCCGCGAUUGGGAGCAUGCCGUGGCGACGUCAGAGAUCACCUGGUCCACGGCGUUCGUCAAGCAUUGCGCCUCCCUGCUGGCCGUCGAGCUCGUCGCGCUCCUGUGCGGCGACGACGCCGUCGAUCGCGCCGGCGGCGUCCAGGAAGUUAGCUUCCUGAACAGUUUUCUGAGCGAGCUCAAGGCAUUCCUGGAGGCUCGUCUCCCAGAGCUGUGCAACGAGGUUCAUCAGCACCUGGGCGUGCCGCUCCCAGCCGACGGCCUUGCCAGGUACGAGUACUCCGCUGCGGCCAAUGCCAAGGCGCUUUCCGUGGCGGCAGCGCUCCGCGCCGGCGGAGGAGAUGGGCCCGUGGAGAUACUGUGUCUUCCCCAUCGUCAGGCGGGCGACUGGGGGUGGGUCGGCCACGCCACCGAGCGGCACCUCCAGUUCAUUGCCGCUUCGAGGUACUCCCGGAGGCUGCACGUCGUCUUGGAGGACUUGCGCGACGAGAUCGUGCUGCCGGACAACGACGCCGAGGGAGUGGUGCUAGGCCUGAAGCAGCGCGGUGAGCACUACAUCCACCCUCGCCACGAGCCGGCGGAUAUCCGGGGCUGGCAGGACAAGGCUCGUGCACAGAUGCCCUGGGUGCGCAUGAUCGACUUCGCGCAGAAGGAGUGGGUGCGCUUGCGUGUCCCAGUGCUUCUCCGUAAGGCCGUGGCAGAGAACGGGGCGGCACCUGCCUUCAGUUCCCCCGUGUACUGGGAGCACCUGCGGUGCGCGUGGCUGCGGAUGGUCGACGCCUCUGCCGUCGAGCGCUUUGUCGCGGCGGUCGGGGAGUCGCACUCUUCGUGGCGGGAUGCCUCCGGGGCAGCGCAGCCGGGACUCGUGCCUUCAGUCGAGAGCGACGACUGGACGCGGGCGGCUUGGUCUUUGGACGCCGUUCCCAUGCGCGCUGCUUUUCACGAGUGGGAGUACCUGGACCGCUCGUUGAAGUGGAACUCGGAUUGCUCCAAGAGCGGGAACCCGGUGGAGUUCAAGGUCGACGUUCUCAGGGUGUUUGCUGAGGAGUCCGACUCUGAGAUGGGCAGCGACGACGAGGGCGACUUGUCGGCGCGCGGCCCCGCCAUCGAGUCGAUAGAGGAGCGCUGGCACGCCGUGGCGGUAGACACAGUCUGCGUGCACAUCCGGGGCGAGACGGAGGUGAACAUGUCGUUCCCCGUCGUCGCAGAUCUGCUUCUGCCGAGCUGGGACUGGGCCGCGACGCAGCCGCCGACGGGUCAUUUCGCUGAUCCGAAUUGGCUGGUCCGGUGCAUAUCGAAAGCGGCAUGGGAGCUCUUCCACGAGUCCAGUCGCGGCUGGGCGCUGAGGGCCGCGGGCGCGAACAUUGAGCGAGCUCGCUCUGAUCGCCCGGCCUUUUGCAUAGACGUGGUGGAGCCGGGCUCCACUAUGAACGCAGCGGUCGCCGUCGGCGAGGAGGUUGCCGGCAACGGUGCGGUGGAGACGGAGUGGUCGCACGCGUACGUGGCGAUGGGGCUCGUUUACCAGCGUCGUUUGCAGACUGCUUUGCUUGCUAGAGUGUAUAAUAUCGAGCUGGCCGUUUGCUUCGUGAGGGCCGUGAGCCAAGUCCUGCGCGUCUGCGUGCGCGACGGGGCCAUUUGGGCUUCGGGCGACGGCGCAGGCCGCGCUCUCCGGGCAAAUUUUCAGCUUGCUCUGGAGACGCACGGCGUGCCCGUGCUGCCG